UGGUCACUUCCGUCAAACAUACAACAAAUGGUUAGGCUAGCAUGUUAGUAGUGAGCCUUAAUAUAAGUUGAUUUUACGUUAUACGUUAUUUGGGUUUAAGUGAUACUACGAUUGAAACGCUGGCUGUACAUCACCAGGUCCAUGGUGGCAGGUUUGACACUCAUGGAGACAUCUACUAAGCCUGGGACCAACCAGGUGGCUGAUGUGGUGUUUGUCAUUGAAGGGACAGCAAACCUUGGACCUUACUUUGAAUCUCUAAGGAAACAUUACAUACUUCCAGCUAUUGAAUAUUUCAAUGGAGGGCCCCCAGCAGAAACAGAUUUUGGUGGAGAUUAUGGAGGCACACAGUAUGGCCUUGUUGUGUUCAACACGGUGGACUGUGCCCCUGAGUCAUAUGUGCAGUGCCAUGCACCAACCAGUUCUGCCUUUGAGUUUGUCUCGUGGAUCGACAGCAUCCAGUUCAUGGGUGGUGGAGCAGAAAGUUGUAGUCUGAUCGCAGAGGGCCUAUCUGUGGCCUUGCAGCUCUUUGAUGACUUUAAGAAGAUGCGGGAGCAAAUAGGUCCAACCCACAAGGUGUGUGUGCUUCUGUGUAACUCUCCGCCAUACCUGCUUCCCGCUGUGGAGAGUAUCAGCUACACUGGCUGCACGUCAGACAACCUGGUCAAAAUCAUCAGAGAUAAAGGAAUUCAUUUCUCGGUCGUGGCUCCUCGGAAACUGCCUGCUUUAAGGGCUUUGUUUGAGCGGGCAUCUCCAGUGGGAGGGGUGGUUGAACCCCAUCCAGACUACAGUCAGGACCCCUUCCACAUGGUCCUAGUCAGAGGCAUUUCACUUCCCGUUUCAUCGGGUGGAGGACCUGGGCCGCUCAAGCCUGUCCUGCCUCCUCAGCCACUGCCGGUCAGUCAGCCUCUUGGUGGAGCUCCACAGCCCCCUCCACCCAUUAACACAACCCACCCUUAUCAGAAUCAGGCCUCCAUGACUGCUGCUCAGGUGGCUGCGCAGAUGGCCGUGGAGGCAGCCAACAACCAGAAGAGUCGCUUUCCAGGAAUGGUCACUCAGGGUCCUCCAUUCACCAGUCAGCCAACCCUCCCAUCAGUCCCUGGGGUGAAGCACAGUCAGCCCAGCAUUUCAACAGUCACCACAGGAACACAGCCAAUGAUACCACAGCAACAAGUUGCUCCAAAUCAGCAGCAGUCAGUCCCACCCCCAGGACAACCUGCACCCAGUCAGCAGCCACAGCAGCCACCUCAGCAGCAGCCCACAGCAAAUCAGCCCACGGCACCUUCCACACAGACCAACAUGGCUGGUGUGUCUGGAGCUCCAGGCAAUGCGAAUCCAAUGGGACAGCCACAAGUUUUGGCCAAUAAGAUAGUGGUAUGGGCCGGUGUCCUGGAGUGGCAAGAGAAGCCUAAAGCCUCAUCUAUGGAUUCAACCACCAAACUGACACGUUCUCUCCCGUGUCAAGUCCAAGUUAACCAAGGGGAAAAUCUAAACACAGACCAAUGGCCACAGAAGCUCAUCAUGCAGCUGAUACCGCAGGCAUUACUAACAACCUUAGGGCACCUCUUCAGGAACUCUCGAAUGGUUCAGUUUCUCUUCACCAAUAAAGAUGUGGAGUCGCUGAAAGGCCUGUACCGCAUUAUGACCAGCGGUUUUGCUGGCUGCGUCCACUUCCCGCACAGUUCAUCUCCCUGUGAGGUGCGGGUGCUGAUGCUGCUGUACUCAUCCAAGAAGAGAAUAUUCAUGGGCCUCAUCCCCAAUGACCAGAGCGGCUUCGUCAAUGGGAUCCGGCAAGUCAUUACCAACCACAAGCAGGCCCAGCAGCACAGAGCGCAGAUGGGAGGUGCUGGGGGUCCAAUGCAGCCUGGUCAAGUCCCCCCCAAUCAAAACUUCCUCAACAGGCCACCUGGCCCCAUACCUGUCUCCCAUGGUAAUGUCCAGCCACAGUCUGUGGUGGUGGGCAUGCCCCCUGUUAGUCAGGUCUCUGUGAUGGAGGAACAGCAGAGGCAGAACAACAUGAUGACAAUGAGAGCAGCUGGGCCGAACAACCAGCAACCACCAGUCAGCGUCGCUCCACCCAACCAGGUCACACAGAGUGGACAAGCCCCACCUCAGGGUCCCAUACUCCGCCUCCCGAACCCUGGAGCAAAUCCACAGCUUCGCAGUCUCCUCCUCAGCCAACAGCAGCCUCAAGGUGGUGUGUCUCACAUGCCGGGCAUGAUGUCUCACCAGGGUUUAGGGCAGCAGUUGGUUCACCCAACACCAGGAGGGGGGGCUCAAAUGCAGGGCCAGUGGAGGCAGCCCUUGACCGGUCAGAUGCUGAUGUCUGGAGCUCAGAGAGGAGCUGUACCCCAGCCUGGGAUACCCCAGGUCUCCAGCGCCAUGGAGGAUGAAAUCCUCAUGGACCUUAUCUGACUGAGCAUUGUGAAGUCAGAAAUCAUGGUUUUUAGCUGAAUCUCAGCAGCCAAUUGACAGUGCAGGCACAUAGAUCCACUCCGCUACUUUAUUGCUACAAAUGUUCAACAUAAUUAAGAACGACUCAUGACAAGUUUCUUUUCUUUUUAAUGGGACUCAGCAGCUGAAGUUAAUUAGGAACUGACAAUGCAAGCAUUAGUUUUUCAUGUAAAUGGUCAAACUGACAGCAUGCUAAUCCUCCAUGCUACAUACUGGAUGGAGCAAGUGGAAACGGUCACUUAUGUUGUAUGUGAGAAUACUACUCCUCCACAGAUUUUUACAUUUUAUUAUCGAAAUCUGAAAUAGUAUUUUUUUUUUCUUUUAAAUGAAGUGUUGCUUUUUUCAAUGUAUGAAGCUGUUUAUCAUUGUGAGCAGGUUCUGCUCUUGAUGCAUGCUCAUGAUGUUGUGCUUGUGAGGGCCAACCAAAGUCUCUGCUCCCCCCCCAGUGUGAAUUCAGCCUGGACCUCUGUGGUGAGAGAUAAAGAGACUGAAAUAGAUAGUUCAGUGUCUUUUUCUGCCAAAUAGUGUCACAAUGUUAAUUUUAACUACACCAAUAUGUCAUGGAACCAUAGAGGGUCCCCUUGUGCCAAGUAGUCCUACCAGAUGGCAUUAGUUGGCUGUGCUUUCCUUGGCAUAACGUACAAUGAGGCUGACUGCAUGUGCACAUGGUACAGAACUUGCAUAUAUGCCUAGAGCCUGCUUUCGAAACAUGCCCCCACAUGCACACGACGAUGCAUGCAAGUUAAAUUCUGUGCACUCGUCAUUUACCUAAUAGUGACAUGGGUGCUGAAGCCGUAGAGCACAACCCAGCUGCGCACGUUAACUUUGCUCAGCCUCAUACGUUUUGUUACACAUUCACAUGUCACUUUAUGCAUUUUUUUUUUUAACACUUGGAUGCUGUGUGUAGACAUACACACUAAUAGGAAGUGAUGUCAGUCCCUGUCACCUGGGAGACAGAGACGGUUGCUAAGAUACCAUGACAGUGGGUUCUUGUUUCUGAGUUUUUCCUCAGCCCCGCUUUUCACAUGGGCUCACACAGAUAGACACUAGUCCCUCAGUGGCUGGUGUUCAUCCCUCCCAUCCCUUAAUCACUGGCCAGCCCUCGGAGCCCGGCUUAGCUUCACUUUAUCUUCCUCUGGUAUUCUCUCUCUCCAUCUCCAUCUAUCUGCCUCUGUCUCAGUAUCAAGUUAUUAGCGCCUGUCUGAGCUCUGAGUUUUUCAGUAUCUUUUUUUUAUUUUUAUUAACAGCAGAAAUGUUUGACAGAUCCAUAUGAUGAACUGUAAAACAAAUGGUGACUAAACCGGCCCCCAGUCAUGAUGGUUAUUUGGCAAACAUCCACCAUAAUCAUUUAAAAGAAAAUCAAUUCUUAAAAUGAAUCGUACUUUAAGAUGUGCAGUAUUUUGUUUUUUCCACAUUCGCCUCAUCAGCUUGUAGUUAUUUACUGUAUAUUGCUCUCUGGAAGGAGUAUUUUAGUUCCAUUAUUUUUCUCCACUUUGAUGCAUGAUGUCAUAACGAUGAUACUGUGUGUGUGGACAGUACGCCCACAUUUUAUUUAUGCACAGUAACUUAAAGAUACUUCAUGAAUGUAACUGCUGGUUCUAUUAAAGGACCAUAAUCCAGUUUGGUUUGUAUGAACCUUGACACAGCAUUAGCAUAUAGAAGAAGAAAAUGAGAUUUUCUAAAACACCAGAAAGCUUUAUGUCUUAGUAUAUAGAGUUCAGUAAAACAUUCAUUGGAUGUGUGCUUUGACAUAUAUUUGUUAAUCACUGAAUUCAGUCAGGUUACUGUACUUUAGCUAUAUUUAACAGUGCUGCAGAAGGAAAUGAGUCUUGCUAGCAGUUUUUGAAGACGUUGAACCUCUCAGUGGAGAAGCUUCCAUUCUGACUGGCGCAUAUUUCCAGGCAUUUAACCUCUGGAGUCUUUACCACCUUCAGGGCCACUGAAGUAACAUGUGGCAUCAUCGACCCUUCCCCCCUCAGCCAUCACACAUAGCCCUGGCUCAGGCAACAUGUACUGUAGCUGACUACCGUGUAUUUCAUAAUAUGUGGAAUCACGGGGAAUAAGGUGGGGCAUUAAUAAGUUAAGAGUCUUGUUCAUUUUGCAGUAUUGUCCAAAUAAAGAGAACAAAAACUGAAAUACAUUAGUCAGAAUGGGAAUAGAUAACAGAGAAGUUAAUGUGUGGUUUUAGAAUCAGCCUCUAAAUUUAAAAAAAAGUCUUUCUAGCUGCUAUUUCUGAUCAACUUUGGGCACUCGUAGGACUAUCUGGAGAAAUUACAACAGGAUGAGAUAUUACUAUCUUCACCAACGGUGGCUGUUUUUGGCAACUCAACAGCUCAUUGUUUAGGCAGUGUUUCUACCUCCAUACUGUCUCCUUCAGAUUUGUAGUUGUGUCUUAAUAGUGUUGUAAAAAUGCAAAUUAUGUGAUAACGCUAUUCAAAUUUUGAGGAUCCAUUUCUAUUGCCUGUCAGGAUUUCGGUGCUAACAGCAGGCUAAUCGAGCUGACCCAUUUUCUCUCUCCUCAGCCAUGUUAGAUGGUGACUUCUGGUUGAUGCCAAGGUGUUCCCGUGCUACUUUGCAGUGUUUUCACAGUCUCAAGUCCAAAAGACCUAAUCAUAUGUAAGCAGUAUGAACUUCCUCACUUUGGGCACCUAUUGGUCCCCCCAUCACCGAGGGGACAAGUCGUUUUCCCACAGAAUACCUCCUGACCACAGAGAUGGAGGUGCUGGCACCAGGCCGGUGUAGGAAUAAACCCUUGACUGAGCAUUGUUGCAGUCAAGUUUUCCACUGUUAGUGCCUAUAAUGUUAUUGGGAGGAUGGCUCUGAUGCUUGUUUGUGUAUAGGCUUAAAACUCAAAGUAGCUGGCCUUCUUGGAAUUUGUGGGUGUGAUCACGUGGAGGGUGCUGCCUGAAGACUUCACGGUUCUAUUCAGGAAGUUCCACCCCUCACAAGAAAGCCUUGAAGCAGAUAUCUGUGGAGGACUGUGCUGAUCUGAACCCAGGUGACAUUUUGAGCUACUUUUCUUUUGCCCAUAACAAACACCAUGAAGGUGUAGCUGGGACCAGAUUAGCUCAAAGAUUAAUGAGUGAUUUUGUAUUGAUACAACAUAUGAGUGCUGGGCUUUAUUAAGAUUAUAAGUGUUCUUAUAAAUAUGAGAUUUUAACUUCAAAUUUCUGGAAAAGCAAAAAAACGAAUUAUGAGAAAAGGGUUCAUGGGUUCAAAUGACGUUGAGCUGCAAAUUCGGCUUUUCGUCUGAGGGCCUUGUGUGACUGCAGGAAAAGUGCAUGUUUCUAAAUAUUGGACCAACACAAACUAAAAUGGGUACUCAGAUAACCCGAGGACAAUUCCACAUUUAGUUCUUUGUUAUUGCUAUUGUUGCUCAGAGAACAUCAGAUAUUUCACAGCUCACUAUGCAGCAGUCAGGCACAAAUGUUUCGAGACUCACAGAAGUACAAUGCAUUUCACUGACUUCCCGCAAUAAAACAAGG